AUGGCGGCGCGGCGGGACUUGGCGGAUUCGGCAGCGGCGCACGGCGGCGGCGCCGGCCUAGGCAGUCGCGGCGGCGGCGGCGACGGCGUCCUGGGUUGGGUGGCGCGGCAGGGGCUGGUGGAGGGGCUGGGCCUGGUCUACUUCAAUUACCCGCAGCACCUGGAGGGGAUGGACCCGGACGAGGUCAAGCGGGCCCUGUCCACCGCUGGCCUCGCCGCCGGUGGCGUCGCGCUCCGCUUCCCCGGCCGCUUCCGCGCCGGCGCGCUGACAAACCCGGACGCGGCUCUGAGGGCGGAGGCGCUCGCGCUCGCGCUGGGCGCGUGCGGCUGGGCGCGCGACCUGGGGGCGUCCGAGGUUGUCGUGUGGUCGGCGUUCGACGGCUACGAUUACCACAUGCAGGGGCGGGGAGAGCGCCAGCGAGCAGCGCCAGGCGGCGCCAGCGGCACGCCCCUCAUAGCCCGCCCGCCGGCCGGCCCGCAGCGCAGCGCAGCGCAGCAGUGCCGGCGGCUGGCAGCCCUGGCCGACGCAGGCGCCACGUGGCGCGACCUCAUGCAUGCCCGCAGCUCAGCGGAUUACGACCUGGCAUGGCGCCGCCUGGCCGAGGGGCUCUCUGCGCUAGCGGACGGCUGCGGGCCGCGCGUCAACGUGUCGCUGGAGUGGAAGCCGACAGACCCCAGCAGCCGCUUCUCGUUCGUGCCGUCCACAGCGGCGGCGCUGCUGCUCGCGCGGGAGGUAAACCGACCAAGCUUUGGCCUGACCCUUGACACCGGCCACAUGCUCAUGGCGGGAGAGAACCCCGCCCACAGCGCCGCUAUGGUGGCAGCUGCCGGGAAGCUGUUUGGGAUGCACCUGAACGACGGCCACUCGCGCGUCGGCGCAGAGGACGGGCUGAUAUUUGGGUCGGUGCACCCUGCGGCGGCCCUGGAGCUCGUGUACUGGCUGCGGCGGGUGGGGUACGGCGGGGCGGUCUACUUUGACACCUUCCCCGUCAACGAGGACCCGGUGCGUGAGGCGGAGCUCAAUAUCCGGCGCUUCAAGCAGCUGUGGGCACGUGCCGCGCAACUGGACGAGGCCGGCAUCGCAGCCGCGCUGCUGCGCCACGACUCGCUCGGCGCGAUGGGCCUGAUUGAUCAGGAGGGGGUCACGGGCGCUGCGGGGCCGCUGCAAGCAUUGGCUGCAGCCAGCAGCGGCGGACCGAGGGCCUUGAAUCGGGGCGUGCAGAGCAACACCGCGGAGGCUACAGUCAGCAGAGACGAGCUGUGA